AUAUGAACUUCUUUUUGCACUGCACAUGUGGUUUAUGAAUGAAGCCUGAAUGAAAAAAGAAAUUAAGGGAAAAUAAGGUUUGUGGAUAAAAGCGCAGACAAUGGCAGACAGCAGUGAGAUGACCAUCAACCUUGUUGUCCUUGGAAAAACUCAGACUGGCAAAAGUGCUGCUGGGAACAGCCUGCUGGGCAGUGCAGACUUUGAGAGCCGUCUCUGCCCCAGCUCUGUGACGACGCGCUGCAGCCUGGGGCGCAGCGGCCGCAUUCUGGGGCUCAUGCGGAGAAACGGGCGCGAGUGCGCUCUCCGCGUUCGGGUCCUGGACACCCCCAGCUACCCCCACAGUGCUCUGGGCAAAGAGCAGGUGAGAGGCACGGUGAGAGCAGCCCUGGCUCAGCACUUCGGGGAGGAAGGCUUGCACUUGGCCCUCUUGGUCCUGAGGGCUGACCUGCCUCUGUGUCCACAUGAAAGCGAUGACACAGUUCAGCUCAUCCAGGAAGAAAACCUCCUGACUUUUAUUAUAAAACACACACUUUGGAUGUUAAUAAGUUUCUUCGGAAUCCUGCGUCAAGCUCCCUUGGGAUCUGUGAAUUGUGACCAACUUGUAUAGCUACUCUCUGUUAAAGACCAAGUACCAGCAAUCACUUUGUUUCUACAAGAAGUGUGUUCAAAGCCUUCUCUCUGAGCAUCUUUUCUGAGUAUGCUCCUUUCUGGCACACAAUCUUACAAAAACCCAUAAACAUAACAGAAUGUGCCAGCUGUUUGCCAGAUUCCUCUUUCCUGUGCUUUGCACUUCUAUGAACUGUGAGGAUACAGUGAACCAGAUUUGAGAAUCUCACAUCACACCUUUUUAUUCUGCAAGGUAAGGAACAACAGUUAGCAGAUCAAAACAGAAGAAAGCAGACCAGAAGUAUGUUUUCUCCGGCUGAACCAAAGUAUCACUGCACAACUAGGCAAUUGUUGUAACUCAUCCCAUCUUGGAAAACUGAGAUCCAUGCUUUAUAAA